AUGGAUCGAAAGAACGAGGAGAAGAUGUGCAACCACCUGAUAACUUCCGCCAGGCGUCGAGAUCACGUGAUAGCCUCGAAACAACGAGACAGGGUCAUCAACCUGCUGACCAAUAGGCAUGGAGCCUGGGGCGAAUCUAGCGAGAUUGUGCAGCUGCAGUCAACGAAGCAGCUACAAAAGCAGCAACACCAGCAGCUAUUUCAGCAGCAGCAGCAGCUGGGAUUUUGGAAGUUAGACAACUGGGAAGAUGAUUCUAGAAGGAGGAGAAGAUUUGUGAGGAAUCCGUUUGGGACGAAACACGCUGACGCUACGUUGAAGGCUGCUAUCGAACAUGGUGCCACAGAAGAUGCAAUAAACGCGGCUAGAGAGGCGUACAAACUUCAUCACCAUCAGCAGUACCACCACGCGUCGGCCAAUAUGGUGGCCGCCAUGGUUAGUGGCGGUGCGGCAGCGGGUGGCGUCAGUCGCAACCACCAGCAACAAGUUCAGGAUACCAGCGAGGAGGAUCUCUCGCAAAUGGACGAGCGAGACUUGGAAGUGGAAUUCUCAGGUCCUGUGGCUCUAUCGACUCAUUGUAAGUUGAUAUCGCCAGGCUGCGCUGUAAACGGCACGCUGUCCAUCACCAAGGUGGAGUUGUACUUCGAGAUGGAUGAAGAUGAUGAGAGGAAUAAGAAGAUUUUGCGACGGUCAGGAAGGUCAUCAACGUUCUGCCCAGGGCGAGUGAGCAUGGCGUCCCCAAAGCAGAUCUUUAAGAUGUCGAACAUGACCCAGAAAUGGCAGAGGCGGGAGAUCACAAACUUCGACUACCUGAUGUACCUGAAUACGGUGGCGGGGCGCACCUACUGUGACCUCAAUCAGUACCCCGUCUACCCGUGGGUCAUCGUUAAUUACGAAUCCAGUGACCUUGACCUUAACCUGGCCACUAAUUACCGCGACCUCUCCAAGCCAAUAGGAGCGCUGAAUCCAACGCGUAGGUCGUUCUUCGAGGAGAGGUACAACCAGUGGGACAACACGGACGUCCCUGCCUUCCAUUACGGCACCCACUACUCUACGGCCGCGUUCGUCCUCAACUGGCUCAUCAGAGUUGAAUUGAUUCCUGAGUUUUACUACCUCUCUGACAUGUUUGUGAACACGAACAACUGCACGCUGGGGACCAAUGAUGACGGGGACAACAUCAACAACGUCAUACUCCCGCCCUGGGCCAAAUCUCCGGAAGAUUUCGUCCGGAUUAUGAGAAUGGCCUUGGAAUCUGAGAUAGUAUCAAUCCAGUUGCACCAGUGGAUAGAUUUGAUAUUCGGAUACAAGCAGCGGGGCCCAGAGGCCAUCAGGUCGACCAACGUCUUCUAUUACCUGACCUACGAGGGUAGCGUCAAUCUUGAUAGUAUCAGUGAUCCAGUUCUCAGAGAGGCGAUCGAGAACCAGAUACAAAGUUUCGGACAGACUCCUUCGCAGUUACUCACGGAGCCUCAUCCGCCCAGGAGUUCACCUAUGAAUCUGUCGCCGAUGAUGUUCACGACGAUUCCCGAUGACGUCUGCAUGAUUAUGAAGUUCCUCUCCAACUCGCCCGUGACUCACGUGAGUGCCAACACCCACCCCUCGGUGCCCACCCCGGCCGUCAUCACCCUCACCUGCAACUACAACUUUGCCGUCAAUAAGUGGAACCAUGCCGCGGCCAGUUCUCAAGUGCCGACACCAGGAUUCUCGGACAAGAGUGAGCACCAAUCGCAACUACCCCUUACUAUGGAUCAGCUGUUGGGUGAGAUCAGGGUGAUGCGACUGCGCGUCAUCCACAGCAGCUUUGUUGUCACCGCCGACAACAGGCACAUCAUCGCCGUUGGGUUCUGGGAUAGGAGUUUCAGAGUAUUCAACAUCGAGACAGCGAAGAUAACGCAGACGAUAUUCGGCCACCUGUCUAUCGUAACUUGUGUGGCCAGGUCAGAGUGCUCCGUCAGUCAAGACUGCUACGUGGUCACGGGAUCCAAAGACUGCACGCUCAUGUUGUGGCACUGGGUGGCCAAGCAGCAGUGCAUCUUGGGCGAUAAUGGAAGCUCCGAGAACGCCACUCCAAAGGCCACCCUAACCGGCCACAAGAGUGAGGUCACGUGUGCCAUCGUGUCGGCUGAACUCGGGAUUGUGGUCAGCGGCUCGCUAGGGGGUCCAGUACUGAUCCACACGAACACGGGUGACCUCUUGAGAUCCCUGGACGUCCCUGACGUCAUCAACCCUCAACUUCCGCUUCCAUCAUCAUCGUCGUCGUCGUUGUCUUCCGUGUUAUCAUCGUCUGUGUCGUCGUCGUCGUCGUCAGCAGCGGCGGCUCGUCAGACUGUCGUCCCUACACCGAGAUUGAUAAGUUUGAAUAGGGAGGGCUACAUAACUGUGGCCUAUGAUAAUGGUGCCCUCUGCUCCUUCAGUAUAAACGGGAAGGUACAGAAGUACUUACUGCAUAAUAGUAACAUUCAGUGUAUGAUAAUGAACCGGGACGGCCAGUACCUAAUCUUGAGUGGCGAUAAUGGGGUGGUCGAGGUUUGGAGGUCCUACGACCUAACGGUCCUCUACUCCUACCCCAAGUGUGACAGCAGCGUCAGGAGUCUUGCCCUCUCCCACGAUCAAAAAUUCUUGAUGGCAGGCUUAGCGACGGGCUGUCUGAUAGUCUUCAACAUUGACUUCAACAGGUGGAACCCCGAGUUCCAAGAAAAGUACCAGUGA